CACACUGCUAUUUGCUGCACCACACCUUCAGUUUCUUCCCAGCUGCAGGACAUUUGUACUAAAGUUGUUGCAGCUAUGGACCUUUCAAAACUUGGUGCAGCAGUGGGAAAUACCCUUUCAAAACUUGGUGCAGCUCUGGGAGAUACCCCUUCAAAACGUCCGUCCCCACCACCUUCCCCACUAUUGAGAGUUCCUUGGAGACAAAUAUCGUGGGGAGACAAUGAGAAAGAUCUGAAGUACGUGAAGGACUAUCAACCACAAAAUUAUGAAAUCAGUCAUCUCAGAAUUUUGCUGUACGGACCAGUUGGUGCUGGAAAGUCCAGCUUCAUCAACUCUGUACACAGUGUUGUCAGAGAGAGACCAGCCAUCCCAGCAUCAGCCAGCGGUACCAGCUCUGACAAAAGUCACACAAAGAUGUAUGAAACCCAUAAAAUCCAGAAGGAAGGAAGAGGAAACUUCUACCCCUUUGUGUUCAAUGACUUCAUGGGUUUGGAAGAAGGGGCUGCAAACGGAGUUAAUACAUAUGACAUCAAACUGGCUCUGGAGGGACGUGUGAAAGAGGGUUAUAAGUUCAAUCCUUUAUCUCCCCUGUCCUAUGACGAUCCUGGCUACAACUCCUCACCAUCGCCGGAUGACAGAGUCCAUGUUCUGGUUUGUGUUUGUUCUGCCAAUGCCAGUGAAGUGAAAUCCUCCAUUUUAGAAAAAAUGAAGGCGAUCCGAGAAGCAGCCACUGAGUUGGGUAUUCCUCAACUGGCUGUUUUCACCCACAUUGAUAAGGCGUCUGGUGAAACUGAAGAGAGCCUGAGGAACGUCUACAGGAGCAAAUAUCUGAAGAAAAAGAUGUCAGACUUCAGCUCCAAACUGGGGAUUCCAAUGAACUGCAUUCUCCCUGUGAAGAACUACAGUCAUGAAAUCAGCUCAGAUGAGGAUGUCAACACUCUGAUCCUGAAUGCGCUGAAACUGAUGAUUUACUUUGGCAAUGACUUCAUUAACAAACUAUAAAGAGGCAGCGUGUUUUUUUGACGAGUGUCACUGCAUGAAUUAUGGCUUUGCUUACCUACUCUGUCAUAAGGAAUCUAUCAAACCAGCAACACCCACCAGUGUCCCAUCAAAUAUUUAAAAUCAGUGUGGGAUACAGUCCUGGCUGCAUGACAUACACCUCUUCUUGUCACAUUUAAGUCUCUUCAUAAUUAUAACAUUUUAUAUGUAAAUAUUAGCUCAUUAGCUCCUCGACAGCUUUAAACACAGUAUUUUUUUUUUUAAAGUUAAGCAACAUUUUUAUACACUCAAUACAUCCACUCUACAACUUCUUAUCUUAUAUUAAAAUUAUAAACACAAAGAUGUUGUUUUUGUCCUUUUUACUUUACAGUCAUGUCUUGGCAGGUGCUAUUCAGUGUUUAACAUUGUGCACUAACACAAUCUUGGUAUGUUUCCAUGAACAAAGGAGACUUUUGCUGUGAUUAUAUUCAGCCUUGAUCUUAUACCAGCUAUAUUAUCACGGUGGUGUUAAUCUUUAUUAUUGAAUUGACCAAAUACACAAUAAAACCUGCCUACUAAAAAUCAGUUGUCCAUGAUAUAUUCACCCUUUACUUGCUGAAAAUGACACACGCUCUGGUAUCAAUCUGACCCUGAAUUCCAAUCUCCGCCCUAAACCCGCAAGCCCUGAACCUUCACAGACUUAAGUGACGUCAGCUGGAAGUGAUCAAGUGUGAGAGGGUGUGAGGGCUCCAAAUGGUAGAAAUAAGAAUGGGACCGCACUUAGCAGAAACCGGAAACACGUCAGAUCAAAAUGUUACGUACCGGUAUUAUAAGUUUGGGAAUGAUCAUCCUACGGAUGUUUGAAAAACAAAGUGGUAGCCUAUAUAAAGGAGCAUAAAAUUCAACAAAGGACACAAUUUAAAUAUGCGCACAGUACAAUAUGUGUUUCCUUGUUAAUGUAGUGUCUUUUGUUCAAUCUACCCAUACCAGCUCAUCCAGUAUGCCAGGCUCAAUCGCCGAGUAAUUUCAUUUUCGUAAGAGCGUGUAAACUGAUGGUAUCCUGAGUUAAAUAUUCCAGCUGUGUUAUGACCAUCUAAUAUUACUUUCCAUUUUGAGCAUGAUGUCAUUUCAUUUUUGUAAGAGAGCAUAUAUAUCGAUGGUAACCUGAGGCUGAGCUAAAUAUUUCAGUUAUAUUAUUAGUAUUUACUGCAACGUUUUUGUUCAACUUGCUGAAAUUGUUUAAAUUUUGUGGUCAUAAAUAAAUGAAUAAUCAAAUUA